UUCUGCCUUGGGAGGAGGACAGAUUUCUGCCAGGGCACGUCUUAACUGUGACAGCCCCGCCCAUUACUAGUCCUGUGGUUUUGCACCUGCCUCGCCACUCCUGCUACUUUUAUUCAGCAGCUUCUACCUGCACUGCAGUGAUUCAGCACCCCGAUCUCUUCCUCUCAAACCAAAACCACUAUCGGACCCGGGAAGCCACCAAUAACUGUGCAACAUUUGGGGCAUUUCUUUCCUUUUUAAAUUACCGUAUACAUUCACUAGCGGAGGCUAUACCGGCCGGGGCAAACACACAACCGUGACUGCAGGCAACCUCUGCUGAUGCAAAGAAACACCAGUAGUGAGUAAACAUUUGUGAGCGUGCUGUGAAGACAUUUUUUUCCGGAUGCUUGUGUGUGUGUUUUAAUGUCAAAGGGAAGCGAGCCGUGUCGCUGGGUGUCCUUGCACAGCGGGGGUACGUGCUAAGUAACGGAUGUGGACGUAAACAUGCAAUAGGUGACAGUAGCAACCAGGUAGCCUACUACGCACCAGCGCUCCCCGCGGACCUCCUCGCUGAACUUUAGCCGCUACGGCAGCACUGACGCGCAACGGAGACCGGAUUUCUGCUCAUGGCUGCCCUGGGAGAAGUUGGAGGCUACCUUCAUCAAGGCAUCGAUGGGGUUGGACACGUCGGGUCUCAUUUCCUGCUCAACCCUCUCGGAGGGGACGGUCCGGCGCUGCUGGCGGAGCACCACCUCAUACCUGGCGAGAGGCUCUCCCGCAGCACCACGGCGGAUUUAACCCACCUGAAGGGGAUCCUCAGGAGGAGACAGUUGUAUUGUAGGACUGGCUUUCAUCUCGAGAUACACCCGGGUGGUAUUGUGCAAGGGACAAGGAAAGACCACAGUCGCUUUGGUAUUCUGGAAUUCAUAAGCUUGGCGGUGGGCUUGAUAAGCAUUAAAGGAGUGGACAGCGGUCUCUACCUUGGGAUGAAUGACAAGGGGGAGCUGUAUGGCUCUGAGAAGCUGACGGCGGAGUGUGUCUUCCGGGAGCAGUUCGAGGAGAACUGGUACAACACGUACUCAUCCAACCUCUACAAGCACGGCGAGAAAGGCGCCCGCUACUUCGUGGCGCUCAACAAAGAUGGCACGUCGAGGGACGGCACCAAAUCGCGGCGACACCAGAAGUUCACCCACUUCCUGCCGCGGCCCGUCGACCCGGAUCGCGUGCCCGAGCUCUACAAGGACAUCCUGGGCCAGAGCUGAUCCCACGGGGCACCGGCAGCAGCGUGUUCCGGGGCGAGGCAUGGCCGCCAUGGGGUCAAAGGUCUGCCAGCGAGCAGAAGACAGAGACAGACAGACAGACGCACGGAGCGAGAGAGAGAGACAGAGAGACAGAGAGAGACAGAGAGAGAAAGAGAGAGAAAGAGAGCCGACCAGGGAUGCGGCCCCCAUUGUGGAGGCCUCGGGAUAGACACAAUAGGGGCCCGCAGCCUCAGCCCCGGGGCCCUUGGGAUAAAGGCCCUCGGGGAAGGGGUGGGAGGGAGGGACGGCUCCCAUGUCGGAAUGCGCGGGCCAUCUCUCAGCGGCGAGGAGGACAGUCUAGAAUGUCCGACUUUGUCAACCUGCACGCGAAAAGCAUGAGGGGGUCGUUUGUUUCAGAGGCCGG